CGUUAUAUUUACGUGUUUCCGGCGUGUUUUUCUGACAUUUCCCCCUCUUUUCCCACCGCCACAGGCAGGCCACGCGUUGGGUUGCGCGUGGCUCUUGCCUCAUUGGCGUCUGUUUUCCCAUCUAAGACGGUCGUGUUCUUUUUAAGUCAAAGAAAUAAAUUUAAGAAAAUAUUUGAACAAUAUUUUCGGUAUUUAGCGACCGUUACGUGUUUGAGAAAUAAAUAGAAUAAGUAUAAUUUCAUAUUUAUUGGAUCUUUGGUAAGCUAAUUUAGAUUAUAAAUCUUUUUCUUCAGACUAUGAAUAUUUUCUGACUGAAUACCACUUAAAAAUAUAUGUUUUAUGCAAGUCGUUAUGCAUUUAAAUUUUUACCCUGGUACAGAGGGUAGUUCUUUGAUUUUUAUUUUCUGCAGAUUUUCAAAACAUUUACAAUUUUAUUGAUAUUACUGCUAUGCUGCACUAUUUUUAAUGUAAUUUCAAGGUGUGUUAUUGAUUAAUAUUGCCUUUUGUAGAUUAAACAUGAAUAAUCCUAAUAGUAAAGAUGACAGCGAGAAUGAUAAGCGGAGUCCUAGUUCCAGCGAUAGUUCAUCGAGCAGCGAUUCGGACACAUCUUCUAAAAGGAGGAGUCGUAAGAAGUAUAAAAAAGACAGAAGAUCAACUAGGCUUCUGAAAAAACUAUCAAAAGAAGUAAGUGUUUUACGAAAUCAAGUUUUUUGUCAACAAUCUCAAUCCACUCCAAAUUAUGUUGCCGUAGACGAUAAUUUUAUUGAAGCUAAUGUUAGUGGUGAGUUAUUCAGUCCAGCCAGAAAUAUUUUGUCUCCCAACGUGGAGCCUGAUAAUAAAGCUGUUAAUACCCAAAGUUUUAGCAUCUGUUUAGAUACUAGUCUAAAAGAACCAACUGUCGCGAAGGCCCCUACUGAAUAUAUCACCGCAGUAAAUAGUCUUCAACGUUUUGGUGAUUCAUCUUGGAGUGACGUGCGUUACUCCGAGGUGCAAAAACAAUAUAGUUUUUCUCCGGGAUUCAUAGAAUUAGAAGUAAAUGAUGAAAUUAAGUUAUUUGACACGGCUAAGAGUUAUUCGUUUGUUGAGAAAAGUUACGCUACCCUGACAUAUGCAUUAUUAAAACAAAAAGAGACACUGGAAAGUGGCAUAAGAGAUUUUCUUAAGUGGUCACAAGAAUCGGAAAUGAUAACCUAUUCAGAUAUAAAGAACAAGAUGGAGGAUAUAUUCUUGAAAGGUGAUUUUCACAAGGUGUCCUCAGAUGCAAUGCAGUUAGUAUGUGGGCACAGAGCCGACAUGAUUCAGCAAAGGCGCGAUUCAAUUUUAAAAUACGUUAAAGAUCCUUUAGUUAAGACAGCACUUAAGAAGGUCCCACCAUCUUGUUCUCAUUUAUUUGAAGAGCAGACUUUCACUUCUGCUUUAGAAAAAUAUGGCGGUGUAAGAAAAACAUUCUGGAUGAAACCAAAACCCAAUAAACCUGUUGCGCAAACAGGUUCACAUGAUAAUUAUCGGUAUCCCGCGCAGGGAUCUAGCAACAAGCCUGCGCAAGGCUAUUAUACAAAAAAUCGCCCACCUGCGCAAGGGGGUAGUUACAGAAAAUAUUUGCCAGCGCAAGACGAACAUUAUGAAUACCGUUCUACGCAAGAACGUGAUUACCAUGCUAAGUUAAAAACCUCCCAGUCAUUUCGUGGCCGCUCAGGACGUGCUGAAAGAGCAAAUGAUAGACGAGCACCAAAACGAGCCGCAUCGCCCUCAUGGAAAGGGAAAUCCCGCGACAAACAUAAAAGGUCCUGACUACAAGAAUUUUCAAGCCGGCCAGCUCCAGUAUUUUUAUCAAGA